AUUAUUUGAAUGUUUACAUUAAUUCCAGAUAUCAUGAACGCACCGGCAGUCUCGUGUUAUUAAGUGUUUUCUUGCUAGCUAGUAAGCUUCAGGUACAUGCUAGCUGACAGGCAAGUGGUGUUUAAAUUUCCAACAAAGUACCAAUAACCAAAGAGCAAAAAUGAGAAGAGUCACGUUAUUCGUUAACGGGACGUCUAAAAAUGGCAAGGUUGUAGCGGUCUAUGGGGCUUUGUCUGACUUACUAUCUGUAGCCAGCAAUAAAUUAGGAAUUAAAGCAUCCUGUUUAUAUAAUGGAAAAGGAGGUCUCAUCGAUGACAUUGCCCUAAUCAGAGAUGACGACGUGCUGUAUGUCUCAGAGGGCGAUCCAUUUAUUGAAUUUCCAAAUGAAGUCAAAGCUGGAUCUGAUCAACAAGGUGCUCACACUGACUGGUUAACCCUGAAUAUUGGUGGUCGUCUCUUCACCACUACCAGGAGUACCCUGGUCAGCAAAGAGCCAGAGAGUAUGCUAGCUCACAUGUUUCGAGAGAAAGAUGUGUGGGGAAACAAGCAAGAUGAGCAUGGGGCCUACCUCAUCGACCGCAGCCCUGAAUACUUUGAGCCCAUUCUUAAUUACUUGAGGCAUGGUCAGCUUAUUAUCAAUGAGGGCAUAAAUAUCAGAGGUGUUCUUGAGGAGGCUCGUUUUUUUGGAAUUGAGCAACUUGCCGAUCAGUUGGAAUUGGUCAUCAAGAACUCCCAGCCGCCCGAAGACCAUUCUCCCAUUUCCCGCAAGGAGUUUGUGCGUUUUCUUUUGGCUACACCCACCAAGUCUGAGCUCCGUUGCCAGGGUCUUAAUUUCAGUGGCGCGGAUCUGUCCCGGCUUGAUUUGCGCUACAUCAAUUUUAAGAUGGCGAAUCUCAGCCGUUGCAAUCUGACACACGCCAACCUGUGCUGUUCCAAUCUGGAGCGGGCCGAUCUGUCCGGAGCCAACCUGGAUGGUGCUAACUUACAAGGUGUGAAGAUGCUCUGCUCCAAUGCCGAAGGUGCCUCUCUUAAAGGAUGCAAUUUUGAAGAUCCCUCUGGGCUGAAGGCCAACCUGGAAGGUGCUAAUCUGAAAGGAGUCGACAUGGAAGGAAGUCAAAUGACCGGCAUUAACCUGCGGGUGGCCACUCUGAAAAAUGCAAAGCUGAAAAAUUGCAACCUGCGGGGUGCCACUUUAGCAGGGACGGAUCUUGAGAACUGCGACCUGUCUGGCUGUGAUCUACAAGAGGCUAACCUGAGGGGGUCCAAUGUGAAAGGAGCCAUCUUUGAGGAGAUGCUAACGCCGCUGCACAUGUCGCAGAGCGUUCGAUAACUGAGCAUGCACGUCAACUCAGCCACUCCUUUAAUCUCUACAGCCUCUGAUGGUAUAUGCUCUCAGUCUCAACUUUUUUUUUUUUUUUGCCUGCAUUUCGCGCAGGUAAUCGUAUGCACUUCACUGACAUUCUACCAACCUCAUGUUCGCUUUAGAUAUCACACUAUUUAUCCAGGGUGUUUUCCUUAGUGUGUGUUCAUCUAUCCAUCAAUCUUCUUUCGCUUAGCUGGGGUUGGGUUGCAGGGGAAGCAGGUUAAGCAGGGAAGCCAAGAUUUGUGCACCAAACUCUGACACCAGUCUACAUGGACUAAAUACUAGGGCGUUCAGUACCCUGCAGUGCUGGAGCACCGUUCCCAAGAUCCCCCAAGGGACACGAUCAAACGGCCUCUCCAAGUCCAAAAGCGCAUGUAGACUGGUUGGGCGAACUCCCAUGCAUCGUCAAGGAUCCUUCUGACGGUGUAGAGCUGCUCACCUAUUCUACAGCCAGGCCAAAAACCACACUGAUCCUCCUGAAUCCGAAAUCGGAGUUCCCGUUGAACGCGCCCGUUACGACUUCUCCUCAUGAUGUUAAUUGAGAAAGGGUCGAACAUGGCAGCGGAGGUUAGAAGGGGGAACGGGGUAGACGAAGGCGAACGUUGACCCACACAAACGCAAAUCUGACCUCAGACACCAUGCUUCACUCAAAAUAGAGUCUUCUUGAUAUCUACUUUGUCUGGUGCCUGUCUGUCAUGAGCAACCCUGACAGGGGCCUAGAAACCCAGGCAGCUUAGCUCUGAGGAUCAGUGUGACAUAAACCUCUCCACCACAAUAAUGUGAUGACUCAUGGAGGGGCUAUUUAUCCACAUACAUACGUACAUUAUAAAAGAAAAUCAUUUCUCCAGUGUGUGUAGAAGUGUCUGAAUGCAAUACAAUGACAUCAUUUAGUCUCUAGCACAAUAUAGUAACUGAUUUGAUAGGCAUUCAAACCAGACAAUGGUUGCUGCUUCUAAAUGAAUCAGCAGCUGUGUCACGUAAAAAUGACUGUGUUGCUGUACUUUUCACCAAAAGUAACUUUGGCCUGAUACAACACUUUAUAAUCGAAAGCCAAAGGUUCAAAGUGUCAAGGCUCAAAAUGCUGCUGUGGAACUACGUCACUAGCAAGAUGUCAACACGGCUCAGGUAUGCAGGUUGCACCAAUCAUGUUCUGUUACAGCACUCAAUAUUUUGUGCUCAAAAAGCUGAUUGUUGUUUUUAUCCUUGUCCUCUGUGGAUCUACCUCUUUUUUUUUUUUGCAUCAGUGAUCCAUUAGCAUGUACAGUGUCCAACUGUGGCACCGCGUACUAAAAUGUUCAUGUAGGUCAAAGUCACAUCUUACUUUUCAAAUCAAGAGAGACGAAAAUAGUCAUCUUGUUUUGCCCAAAGGUUGUAGACACAUAAUCAGGGCCAUUGUUGUCAGUAAUUCUCCAUGUAUAAAUACUUAAGCAUGCUUUGAACCUAUUUGCACAAGUAUAUCUUUUCAUCCCCAAAAAUGUAAAUUGUGUAUUCCUAUGUACAUUGAAUCCAGUGCUUCCUAAACUUUCCAAAAAAAGAUUGUAAAUAGAUAUAGAGAGAUGUUCUUUUGUCAAGGAACAAUCUCCUCUUUGUUGGAUUGUCUCUGUCUACAUGUAUUUGUUUGUCUUUGACCAGUCAAAAUAUUUAGCUGUAUUUCAGCGCUGCUCUGAUGCAAUACAUAUUUUUUUACUCUAUUUAACAGAAGGUACCAAGCUUGUGAGAGUGAUUGAUGAAGGUAAUGUUGGCGAAUUACACCGUUGGUAUGAAGUGAUCUGAUUAUUUAUUUGAAAACAUUGCGGAUGGUUGAUUUGUUUUGAAGCGGGGGUGUAGAGCUGCUUGUUCAUGAUUAUUGCACUUGACUGUGGAAAUACUUUUCCAUUAUUUGACUCUUAGAAAUAAACUCAUUGAAAGUAAA